CUGCGGGAGAAGAGGGUGGGGUGAAGAUCGCAGGUGGGGUGGCUGCCCGGCUCACAGAUGAGCUGCUGAUAUUCAGGUUAGGGGCGCUGCUUGGCCUACCCUAACUACCCCGGGAAAGUCCCACUCCUGUGCGCAAUUUGGCGAAUCCCAUUUUCGGUAGAAUUUGGAGUCGUCUGUUUAUUCUUCCAAGAAAUAUAUGGGUUGAUAGCAGGCGUGAGGGUGCUGCGGAGUUUGGGGGGCAGAAAAGCUAAGCGGUGGCUUGGACUGCCCCAGGUUCUGUAAAUCCACCAGAAUAGGGUCUGGGACUGGGUUGAGUAGUCAACCCAGCAGACGUUCACCCCCUACUCCCGCCCCAACCAGGAUGGUUUGCAGAGCCAGAAGUCAGAAAUUGACUAUUUCUGACUCUUGGAAAUACUUGUAACAAGAGUCUUCUAGGCAACUGCUGCUUAAAAAAAAAAAAAAGUGGCAGACGUAUAUAGGAUCUGUAUAUUAGGAAAAGCUGGGUAGGAGAUGUGCAAGGUGAAGCCAGGUGGCAAAAUAAUUGAUACAAAUCCAUUUUUGGAAAGAAAGACGAGAGAGGUGGAUGUGUCUAGGUGGUGAGUAAUUUGUGGAACAGUCUGAAAGAAAAAUGACACUCGGGGAUGGAUUGGAAGAAGGUGAAAGGACUUGUAAGCUCGAGUUACAGUGAAUGUAUUGUGUGAUAUCUGAAAAGCAGAAGAAACCCUGUAACUUCCAUCAGAACUGGAGUUUACCCUUGGUCAUCAGGGAUGGGGCCUCUGGGCAUUUCUUUCCAUGUAAGACUCAUGCCUAUUUCUGGGGUCUCAGCUGGGACUUCCACCCUCCCCAGAUAAGCCAGGACCCCCAGAGUCAGGCCAGAGCUUUUCCUGUCCAACAUCUUGUAAAGGGGCCACACUUGGCACUGAGCACAUGUGGCUUGGUGAGUCUCCUGUGGGACUCAUGAACACCAGUCUUGGUGGGGUGAGGGGAAGGAUAGAAAAGCUACAGGUAACUCCAAGGAUCACCCUAAAAGCUAACCUCAUACCUUAGGUGGGGGCACAGGUGAUCUCACUAACCAUUACAACCACAAACGUCUCUAUUACUGUGGUUAAGCUUUUAUUAUUUUUUAUUAAUGAUUUUAUUACACUGUUUAAGGUUUUAGGGGUACAGCCUUUUAGUCUUUUAAAUAGUGUACUCUAUUGCAACUUGGCCUUUUGUUGUGAUUUGGGGAGGGGUUGUGUCCUAUUGGUACCUGUACAGCCAGUGUGUCAGUUUUUACCUGACUUUUCCUGUGAAUUGUCAUUUAGUUUUGCCCAUCCUUUUGCACUUGAAUAUAGGAAACUGUGUGGAAGUUCUUGCAUUCGCCUGCUUACCCAGCCCUCUGAAUAUUUCCAGAACGAUCAACCACCAGUACAGGCUGGGUCAACCUGUGGGUCUUCCUGUCCAAAACCACCAAGAAGGGCUUCCCACCCCCUUACUCAUUCCUUCUUGUGUCAUUCUCUUUCAUUUUGAAAUCCAGUGCCUCUCCUGAGACUUAACAAAUUUCCAAAUUGAACUCCCUGCUGUUCCCAUAAUAUCCCAACUAAACAGAUGUGUUCCUCUGUGGGAGGUCCUUGGACUAGCACUCAGCCCCAUAUUCAGAAGGUUGGUUGUCAUUGUCACUCCAUAGCUUCCUAAGAAUUUCUGUCCCAGAAGGUGGAGUAGUGCCCCAGGCCCAGCUCUGUCCCCAUAGGCCUGCCUAAGCAGUGAACAGUCACCCACCUUCCUCAUCCUCAGCUCCCUCACCUAUAAAAUGGAUGUAAUGAUGCCAAUUCUCCAGGUGGGCGUGAGAGUUCAAUGGGAUAGUGGGUGCCUAGCACUAGGUGAAUGUUGACUAAUUAUUAGUUGUCAGUGACAGAUUGUGUCAUCCAGUGCUGGCCCAGUAAUGGCUGAUAUUGUAAUACCUUCCCACUCCCCUGCCAAAACCUCCAUUCCCUUUCCUGGGAAUGAUGGUGAGCUUGUGACAAUAAGAUCUGGUGGGAGUGAUGUCACAUGCCUUCCAAGGCCAGGUCAGAACAGGCACCAUGACCUCUGCCUUGUGUGCAGAACUGUUCCUGGCACGCUUCUUUUUAGUUUUAAUUUUUGGGGGCAGUACUGAGACUUGAACUCAGGGCCUCACACGUGCUAGGCAGGUACGCUACCAUUUGAGCCACUCUGCCAGUCCCCCGGAUCCUUCCUUGUGAGCACUUUCCCUGCCUGAGGCCCCUGGCUAUGAGGAAGCCCAGGCAGUUCACACAGGAGGAGAGUCCUAGAACCCGUCACAGCUGACAUGCUGCACAAGAUACCCCCACGGCUUGGCCACCCAGGCCAUGGCUACCCAGUCCAUCACUUCCAAAUUCCUGCUCACUAACACUGUGAGACAUGAUUUUAAAAGGCUUUGUUUUAGGCCAUUGAGUUUGGGGCUCCAUGGCUGGGCAUCGCGGCUUUUGUGGCCACCCCUGCCAGUCUUAACUGGGUGCUCUCACCAGCUGGUGCUGUGAUGGUGUGAGUGAGUCACUUCUCGGGUGAAUUCAGGGACACAGUGUGGCCCUGAGCACCUGUGAUCACAUUUACUCCAUGGAGUGGGUGACCAAUGAUUAGAUUAUGCAACUGAGGGAGCGAAGACUUGGCAAGUGUUAGGUGCAGGGCCACACACCUUGAAUUACCCAAAUGGGGACAUGGUGGCAACAGGAGCUAGUCUUGCCAGAACCUGCGGUCUCUUUUGGGGACCACUGGGCCAGCCACCACCCACCCUACUGAGGUGCUGUUUCUCUCCUGCACCCCCAAGUCACUAAACCAUCAAGAUGCCAAGAUGUCCCCAGACUGAGGAGCAAGUCCCUUUAGCUUGUGCCUGAAGGACUCGCAGACCAUCUAGAAGGCUGAGCAGGUUGCCAGAGAACCCCAUCCUUUUCCCCCACGGAACCAAGUUGCCUCUGCUUUUUUGUGUUCUUGGCAUCUGAAUGGCUCCUGGAAUGUGUCCCUGGGAGCAUGCCAGCUCGAGGGUGGCUCUAGAGAGGAGCCUCUAGAGAGCUCUCAUCUGUGUACGUUGCCACUGGUCAGCAUCUAUGAAGAAACGCACCAGGCCUGCAUCUGAUCUGCCUGUGUUAGGAAGGCUCGUCUUCCCCAAGCCUCCAUCUACUUCCGUUUUAGUGUUUACUGUUUGCCAGAAGCUGUGACAGGCAAAGGUCUGUGGUGAUUGCACCACAUCCUCCCACCUCCAGAUGGCCUCUUCCAAGUCUGAACCGCUGAGCACUGAGCUUGUCCCUCUGGCUUGCUGCCAGCCAUUGGCACUGACGCUAGUGGUCAGCCUUGACAGAUGCCACAUGAGUCUUUAUCUGCCUUCGAUCCUAAUGUGUCAUCUUGGCACUGAGUGACUGUGGCAUUUUUGUGUCCCCUGCCAGCCUUUGUUCAGUGUGAGGUCAAGGAUCAAGCAGGCCUUUUGGAACUUAGGAGUCUGGGAGUUUUAAAGGGCAGUCCAAGAAGAAGGGAAGGUUCAUCCUGCUGGGAAGCCACCAGACCAGAGGUUGAAGUCAUUCAUCUUAACAGCAGUGUGAGCUGCUUCCUGCCCAGUCCUGCUGCCUGGCUGUCAUCCAGUACUUGCCCUCUUCUUGGGCAUUCCCUUGGAGGCUUGGAUUCCAGGGUCCCAGGGCCCUGGGUUGUCUUCCUUGCAUAAUAGUUAACCUGGGAAUAGAAUUCUAAUUGAGGAAAAAAGUUUCCCUCAGAAUGUGGUGUUUCAUCCUUGUUCUAGAGAAAUCCAAGGCUUGUUCUAGAGAAAUCCAAGGCUUCUGUGAUGCUGGAAUCUCUUGGUUUUCUCUGGCUGCUUUUAAGAUAAUCUUUUUAAGUCCUGACACUUUAAAGCUUUACAAGCUCAACUUGUUUUGGAAGUGGGAGUGUCACUCGCUUGCUUCCCCCAGAUUAUAACUGCCAAGAGCAGCUGUGGGAACCUAGAGGCGUUAUGUUCCUUCCCUGCCUUUUGGUAGAACGAUUAUUUCUUGAGUGCUCUUAGCAACCCUGUUCUAGGAACUGGUGGUGGAGGGAUGAAUGGGACACCUGAUGGCUGUCCCUGGGGUGCUGGCCUUGUCAUGGAGGCACAGAGAAAGCACCCAUGAACAUGAACCGCUUCUGCCUGGUCAGGAGAGUUAGGCAGAAAGUGAAGUGGCCGGGCCUGUGGUUUGGCCUUGAACCUGGACAGGAGCUACUUUCCGUUGGCUGGCAAGGGGACAGCCCACCAAGGGAGGAAGCUUUUAACAAGGACACCUGCAAACAUGUUCUAAGCAGAGAAAGUAGCAGGUCCCACACCGAGGUGAACCAUAUUCAAGGUUGAGUAGAGAUCCCUGGGUACCUGAAGCAGCUGGGCUGCCAGAGCUGCCCGUGCUGUAAGGAGGGAAUUCUGCGGCCUUUGGGAGAAAGAGAUGAGCAAGAGCAGACUCAGGAAGGCCAAGAGGGAGGGCAUCACAGGCUCAGGAAGGAGUCUAAGCAGGCCCAGCUCUUUACCUCCUGGCCUUGUUGUCAGGGACAAGGCUCUGAGGAGGUAUGAAAGGUGGCCAGCCUGCAAGGCCCCCUGAGCCUGGCAGAUGUGGGAGGGAGAGGUGGAGUGUGCUGUUCAGGAUGGGCUGAGCAUUGUGUCUCCUUCCCUCAGGGUCCGAUGGCUGAAAAAUCCCAGGCCAAUGCUCCCAAAGCCAGGAGCCCCAGCAGCAUCUCCAAUGGCAAGGCCAUGUCUCAAGGACAGUGGGGCCGGGCCUGGGAGGUGGACUGGUUUUCCCUGGCGAGCAUCAUUUUCCUGCUGGCCUUCGCACCCUUCAUUGUGUACUAUUUCAUCAUGGCGUGUGACCAGUACAGCUGUUCCUUGAUGGCCCCUGUGGUGGACAUCGCCUCUGGGCAUGCUCGACUCGCAGACAUCUGGGCCAAAACGCCCCCUGUGACAGCAAAAGCUGCCCAACUCUAUGCCUCGUGGGUCACCUUCCAGGUUCUUCUGUACAUGUGGCUUCCUGACUUCUGCCACAGAUUUCUGCCAGGCUACGUAGGAGGAGUUCAAGAGGGGGCCGUGACUCCAGCAGGAGUUGUGAACAAGUAUGAGGUCAAUGGCCUACAAGCCUGGCUCAUCACACAUCUUCUCUGGUUUGCAAACGCACACCUCCUGUCUUGGUUUUCUCCCACCAUCAUCUUCGACAACUGGAUACCAUUGCUGUGGUGUGCCAACAUCCUCGGCUACGCUGUGUCCACGUUUGCAAUGAUCAAGGGCUACUUUUUCCCCACUAAUGCAGAAGACUGCAAAUUCACCGGCAACUUCUUUUACAACUACAUGAUGGGCAUUGAGUUUAACCCCCGAAUUGGGAAGUGGUUUGACUUCAAGCUGUUCUUCAAUGGACGCCCUGGAAUUGUUGCCUGGACCCUCAUCAACCUGUCAUUUGCAGCUAAGCAGCAGGAACUCCACGGCCACGUGACCAACUCCAUGGUCUUGGUCAAUGUCCUGCAGGCCAUCUACGUACUGGACUUCUUCUGGAAUGAGACCUGGUACCUGAAAACCAUGGACAUCUGCCACGACCACUUUGGGUGGUACCUGGGCUGGGGAGACUGUGUCUGGCUGCCCUACCUUUAUACUCUGCAGGGCCUGUACCUGGUCUAUCACCCCGUGCAUCUGUCCACGCCCCAUGCCGUGGGCGUCCUGCUCCUAGGGCUUCUGGGUUACUACAUCUUCCGGAUGGCCAAUCAUCAGAAGGACCUGUUCCGCCGGACGGAUGGACGCUGCCUCAUCUGGGGCAAGAAACCUAAGGCCAUCGAGUGUGUGUACAUGUCGGCCGACGGGCAAAAGCACCACAGCAAGCUGCUGGUGGCGGGCUUCUGGGGCAUAGCCCGCCACCUCAACUACACGGGUGACCUCAUGGGCAGCCUGGCCUACUGCCUGGCCUGCGGCGGGGGCCACCUGCUGCCGUACUUCUACAUCAUCUACAUGACCAUCCUGCUGACCCACCGCUGCCUGCGGGAUGAGCACCGCUGUGCCAACAAGUACGGCCGCGACUGGGAGCGCUACACUGCUGCCGUGCCCUAUCGCCUGCUGCCCGGGGUCUUCUGAGCAUCCCAGAACCCCUUGCAGGAGCCUCAGUUUCCUCGUCUGUUAGAUGGGAAGAGCUGGCACUUGGUGUGCGUCCCGUUGGAUGUACAGGAGAGGUUGCACAGGUCAGGUGCUCUUUACUUUCCCUUGCCCCGAGGGGACUGAUUUUGCACCAGCUGCCUCCUCACCAGCAGAAGUGACUGAUUUUCUCUGCAGUGCCCCACAGGCAGGAGGACAACUUGGUCACCUCAGUAGUCCUUUGAUAACUGUUUCUUCAUGUUGAGAGCCCAGCCUGUACACUGCCCAGAUGAGCAUUUGACGCUUUUCAGGCCAUGUUCCGACUCCUUGUGUUUAGGCUUGCACUGAUUCCUACUAAGUAAAAGUCACAGUGGGAUCUAUAGGGUGUGCUAGCCAUCCAAGCCCGUGCUUCCUCAUCUGCUUGGUGAUAGUGGACUGCGCCACACCCCCCCCCCCCAACACCAGUUUCUCCUCUGUGGUGUAUGCAGGGUCGAUUGGCCAGCAGAGGGUGCUGAGGGGCAUUGGGGGAGGAAGACACUUGGUUCUGGGGCUUCUCUUUUGUUUUUUUCUUGUUCCUAACCCAUGGUUGCCAGGGGUGUGGCCUGGGGACAUCCAAAUGUGCAGGCCUCAGCCGAGGUCUUUUGGGACAAAAGUCAGGGGUCUCCCAGUGCCCAACUCUCUGCAUCUGCCAGCUGUCUUGGCUCCCUGCCCCCUGGAAGGAGUUCCUGAUUGCCCCAAGAACAUGGACCAGGCACCUUAGGGGAUGUCACCAUCUGGGGUUUCAGCCACCCCUUCCCCAACAGGAGUUCCUCCUGAGGAGGAGGCCCCUUUUCCAGCAUUCUCUCACCAGGGGCACUGUCUCCCAACCUCAGGGUAGUUUGUAAACAAACUCCUUUUAGACACGAUUCCCCUAGCAUAGCUAAUAAUUCUUUAUAUUAAACUUCCACAGUU